UUCCGGUUGCAGGCCCCUGCGGGCUCCUCCCUUGCCUGGGCCUUGUGCCCCCCACCCCCCGCGGCCCCCCGCCGCCGGGCCGCCGUCACCAUGAAGAAAUUCUUCCAGGAGAUCAAGGCUGACAUCAAGUUCAAGAGUGCGGGACCCGGUCAAAAACUCACAGAUUCCGUGGGGGAGAAGGCGCCCAGAGAAAAGUCCCACCAAGCAGCAAUCCGGCAGCCCCGACAGGGACCCACUGAUGAGGCACAGAUGGCAGCUGCUGCUGCCCUGGCCCGGCUCGAGCAGAAGCAACCCAGAGCUCGGGGCCCCACUUCGCAAGACUCCAUCCGGAACCAGGUGAGAAAGGAACUUCAAGCUGAAGCGAUUGGCAGUGGCAACCCAGAGGCCCCUGGGACCAAUGUGGUACCUGAGCCCAAAGAGGAAGGCUCAGCCCACCUGGCGGUACCCGGUGUAUACUUCACCUGCCCGCUCACGGGGGCCACCUUGAGGAGGGACCAGCGGGAUGCCCACAUCAAAGAGGCCAUACUGUCGCACUUCUCCACGGACCCAGUGGCCGCCUCCAUCAUGAAGAUCCACACGUUCAACAAAGACCGGGACCGUGUGAAGCUGGGUGUGGACACCAUUGCCAAGUACCUGGACAACAUUCACCUGCACCCUGAGGAGGAGAGGUACCGGAAGAUCAAGCUGCAGAACAAGGUGUUCCAGGAGCGUAUCAACUGCCUGGAGGGGACCCACGAGUUCUUUGAGGCCAUUGGGUUCCAGCGGGUGCUGCUUCCUGUCCCGGACCAGGAGGCCCCAGAGGAGUUUUACGUUCUGAGCGAGGCCGCGCUGGCGCAGCCGCAGAGCCUGGAGCAGCACAAGGAGCAGCUGCUGGAUGCCGAGCCCGUGCGGGCCACACUGGACCGCCAGCGCCGUGUCUUCAGGCCAUCACCCCUGGCCUCCCAGUUUGACCUGCCAGGGGACUUUUUCAACCUCACAGCAGAGGAGGUCAAGCGUGAGCAGAAGCUCAGAUCUGAGACAGUGGAGCGGCUAAGUGUGCUGCGGACCAAGGCCAUGCGGGAGAAGGAGGAGCAGCGGGAGCUUCGCAAGUACACCUACACGCUGCUGCGUGUGCGCCUCCCCGACGGCUGCCUCCUGCAGGGGACCUUCUAUGCCCGGGAACGGUUGUCGGCACUGUAUCAGUUUGUCAGAGAGGCCUUGCAGAGCGACUGGCUACCCUUUGAGCUGUUGGCCUCGGGAGGGCACAGGUUGUUGGAAGAAGAGAACCUGGCCUUGAACGAGUGUGGCCUGGUGCCCUCAGCCCUCCUGACCUUUUCUUGGGACACAGCUGUGCUGGAGGACAUGAGGGCCGCAGGGGCUGAGCCUGACUCGUCAGUCCUAAAACCUGAGCUCCUGGUGGCCAUGGAGAAGCUCUCCUGAAAAGCAGGGUUGGCUCGGCCCAUGGGUCCAUCUCAUGCUCCCGUCUCUCUGGAGCCACCCUGCCUUAGCCUCUGGAAACACUUGCCCUGCCCCAGAGCCUCUUGGGUAAUGGAGGGGAGCUAGCUGGGCAUAGAGCUGUGGACGGGGCCCAUCCCAGAGACUUGCAAGCUGCAAAGAUGCACCUGAGUCUGCCUCGGGGACAGUAAGGAGUCUUAAGCACUCAAGCCACCACCUCACAGGGCCCAGGGCCAUCUCCUUGGGCAUAGCUGGCCUGCAGCUUGGGCUCAGGUCCCGUGGGCUGUGGAAGAGGCAACACAUAGAUCUGUAAUUUCUAAAUUAUGAAUAAAUAGGAUAUUUGAAUAGAGCUUCCUGGGUGUUUCUUCUAGCCACCUGAGGCAGUUCCAUCUGCCCAGCACAUGGGGGCUUUGGGCGCGGCUUCCUACACUCAGGGCCCCCUGGCUAGCCAGCAGCCUCCAUGUGUCCAAGGUCAGGUUACCAUGUCAGGUGUUCCUUUGGUGAUGGAGUCCUUAAGUGUUUCUUCCAGCACCCAGGUGAGACAGCCCUGCCUAGGAGGCCUGUGCCAAGUUCUUGGAGGCUGGGGUCCUGCCAGGACCAGCUGGUGAGUGGUUUUCUGUUGCCGUGA